GAGCACACUCAUAUUGCUGAAAACAACUAUGAAUUUCCUGUUUUUCUUUUUCUUCCUGGGAGCUUGUUUCUUAGGGCUAACGAACGCUAUUGGUCUCCUCGAACGUGUACGAAAAAUGCAAGAAAAACCAAGUUUCAAAGAAUGUGUGAAGAAGUGCAACAAUGACAAAAUGCAAGUACUGUCGAAACAGCACACAUCGUACAAAUUUGUGCCUAUUGCCGGAAGAGAAGGAACCAUUUGUACUAACCCGCGGGCCAGAACAACGUUUCAGCUGAGAAGCAAAACAAGGACACCUCCUUCAAAGGUUGGGGUCAUUCGCUGUUUUGACCAUUCCCAAGUCGAUCUCAGCUCAGCCGUGCCAUUCAAUAGGAUGUCCAAAAGUUAUCCAUUGCGAUAA